CACGUGAUAUUUACAAUUUGGCAAUUUACAUGAAUGAUGGAAACUUUGAAAUAUGUCUGCAGUGGACAGAGAUGAUAAAGGGCUUGUCUUGCAUCUGAGGUUUGAAGUGUGGUCAACUAAUCCAGCCUCCAAGCAAAAUGGCUCUCAGAACUAAACUCCUUACCUGGCUGGCACUGACUGUCCUCACAGCUGUUUCUCCACAAUUCAUUAUGACUCCUCUGAAGGAUCAGUAUUUGCUGACAGGGUCUGACCUUGAGUUGAAUUGCUCCGUUAAGGGUCAAGGUCACUAUGAUACAUUGACCUCUAAAGGUCCUAGUGAAAAUGAUAUGGCCUCAGAAAGAGUGGCCAUAAGCAGUGUGUCAACAGGAUCACCACAGAACCAUGACAGCACGCCUGUUUAUUACAGUUACAAUGUUAAUGAGAUCAGUAUGAGAAGAAAUCAAACAACAAUAAUGAAUGGAGAAUUUCAUCGCUACGAUUAUGAAAUGACCUUGUCCCUGCACAUUUACAAUGUCUCUGCGUCUGACAGUGGGAUGUACACGUGCCACUAUGAGAAUUCCGAUGGUAUCAGUGGAUUGAAAAGAGUCAUUGUUGCAGAUGCCCCCCAUGCCCCGGAGAACCUGACGUGCCUAUCACACAACAUGGCUGACAUGAGCUGUUGGUUUACAGUGCCUAGCCCUGACCCCAGACUGCCCACAAACUGGACCAUGCAGUAUGAAUUUAACAGCUGCGCGUUUCAGGGAGGGAAAAGUGAAGUCUGCUCCCAACCCCUGGUUCCCGGUCUACCCAUCUCCUGUAAUUUGUCAGAAGACAUGUUUCAUUCCAAAUGUUGGUAUAGGAUCUUGGUGAAGGGAGCUAAUGAAAGAUUUGGAUUUUUUGUGAACGUUACCUUUGAUGUUCAUCCAAACCCUGCUAUUGUCAAACCAAGUCCAGUACAAGAGUUGAGGUAUGUGUUCACAGACAACAACACAACAUUGGUCCUAAGUUGGAAGUUUCCAAUGUCACUUACUCUGGGCCUCAUUAAGGCAGUAGAAUACAGCAUUUGUCUGACCCCCCAGGAAUUCCAUGAUGAUAAGUGUCAGAUAUACAGACCAGAUUUUCCUGAAGAUAUUGUAGAGCAGUAUUUAGUGAACACUCCAGAUGACUACACCUUCAUUGAUAUCAUCCCUCACUACUACUACAACGCAUCUGUCCGUAUGCGUUCAGUGUCUGCGACCUCUGACCUGUACUGGAGUGACCCAGUUUGGCUUGCAUUUAUGUCCCCUGAUUCAGAGCCUGCCUUGGCUCCCAUAGUGACUGGAGCAUCGUACCAGCGCUACAACUUCAGUUCUUCGGCCCAAACUUACAGCCUCAUCAUCUACUGGAAGAAUCCGCCAAAUGAAACAUGGGGUGGGAAUAUAACCGGUUAUAAGGUAGUUGUCAUGGCAAUCAGUGACUCAUUAGUUACCAGUCAUCCUCGGCAACUAGGGCGCAUGGUGCAAGAAGAAGUGAACAUAGUGUACACAGAAACAUUCGAGGGCUUGAGAUCACAUGCAGAGCUCAACACCCAUCUUAAUACCACACAGGCCUACAGGGUACAUGUGAUAAUGACCAACACAAUGGGAGACUCGCCCGUGUCAGACAGUGUUAACGUAUCUUCAAUGGUAGAAGGACAUGGACCUGUUGCCUCCUGGGUGUCAGUCCAGCUGGGUGGUGACAGUACAGUGGUCAGCUGGUCUACAGGACAAGAAAACUGUCAUGACCUUGCAAACGUCACUUACUACUGGUGCGAAGUCAGUGAACCCAUCUCGGAUUAUACACUCAUCAAAUGUCUGAAUCUGGACUGGUAUACAGUCUCUGCUAAUGGAGAAUGUAAUGGUUCAAUGGUACUGAACAGUACUGGUGACCAGUCUGGAGUGCGUUAUGCUGUGAGCUUGACCACAAGCUCAGAAAGGAAUGGAGGAAUUGUGUGGGAUCUGUACAGAUUCUCCAGCUUCGAUAAAGAGCCCGGUCCCCCAAUAUACAAGUUGUCCCGGGAAAAUGAGACUGUUACCGUGGAGAUGACAAUUUUGCUGGUGCCCAUUAUAAACCAGGGGGGACAACCCUUAAAGUACCAGAUAGUGUAUGCUCCAGUUAAAUCCCAGGAUGACAAUAGAUGCCCUACAGGUGGAGAAUCCUUGACGGUCCCAGCUAACCUGUCCAGUAAUGAGUACAGAAUCACGGGUGUACAAUCUGGGGUGCAGUACAGUGUGUGUGCCAGGGGAGUUAACAAUGCUGGCAACGGAGCGUACGGGGAUUCUGAUGUCACCCAGAAAAUCUUCCAGAAUGUGGCGGAACUCGGCAGUUCUGAAGUACCGCUGAUAGUUGGGUUGGUGGUACCUGGUGUCAUCAUCGCUGCAAUUGUAUUCAUUGUCUUGUGGGUAAAGAUGAGGCCUCGCUGUAAAACAUACUACUUGGCAAAGACAGAAAUUGCUGAUAUAGAGGCUUUUAUCGUAGAUGGAGAAGAACUAACAAAGAAAACAAUUGAAGAUAAAGACAGUGGAACUGGAACAGGCAGUGACCAUAGCAGUAUGGAUGAGGCCAAGAAUGGCUUAGAGUUAUCAUCACUAGACCCUACCCCGUCUCAGGACACGAAAAUGUCUGCCUACUACAAAGUGUUACCAGGCAGUGAUGGCUUCCAGAUCUGCAGCGACAGCAGCCUUGAGUCAUUUACUGACUCAGGCCGAGGACAGACCAAUAGUUUACCUGCAACUGGUUGUCCAGAGCCUAGGAGCAGUGGCACUGCCACUGGAAAUGAUGACCGCGAUAUGGCUACCAGAGGCGGUAGCAUGAAGAAUGGAGCUGUCUGCUCACUGGUUGAAAACUGUGAUGACUCAAUGAACAGUUCCACUGAAGGGCUUGUAGUGCAGGAAGGGAAUGAGAAGCCUGUUGAGGGUUUUGUUAACAAGGUUGCUGAAUUCAAUAUGAGCUUUAAAGAAAAAGAGGAAAAGUUACACAAAAUUGAGAUUUUGAAAAAUCUUCCUGAUGACCCCUCUGUACCAACAUGUCUGGGAAAUGAUGGUGGAGUCACUGCUGGUGUGCAUCCACAUAUUGCACAGAAAUCAUUUAAUAGCACUCAAGAUACAAACUUCGAUUUCAAGCUAGAUUUCUGUGUUGAUGGCCCAAAUGUAAAUCCUCCUGUGCUUUGUCAAAAUUCGAUCAAACCUCAGAGCUUAGUGCCUUUAGACAAUAUUGAACACUCUAAACAACCAGCAGCUGACACAGACGAUCAUGAGCAAGAUGUUAGUCAGUCAACAGAAAACAGCAAGACAAUGCCAGUAAAUUCAGGAACAUGUUCUGAAAAUUCUACUUCUUUAAGGGAAAAUUCAGAAACUGAGUUACAGGACUCUGCAACUGAUGAAAAAUGGCUUGAUGAUGAUCAGAUUGAAUACAGUUUUAAUAUUGAAGGCAAUUACAAGACAAUUGAUAAUUUGCCUAUUGAUAGUUUGUCUUUCAGUGAUAUUUCAGAUACGUGCCCUGAAAGUGACAGUGGGGAUGAGAUGGCACAAGAUUUCAACUAUGAAACUAAAGAUAAGGAUUCAAAUUGUCUUAAUUUAAGGCCCAAGGAAACCUUAACCCCAAAUUUAUCUCAGAACAAUCAACCGCAGGGUAUUUGUGCAAGAUUCCAGGAUAUUGAAAUUGGUAUUGAAAGUGAUCAGAAUACUGAGGUAAGAAGGGCUCAAGACGAGGAAACACAUAUGUAUGACAGUGCAACCCAUGGCAGUACUAGUAAAAACUCAUCAGGGUCAGGUCAUAGUGUGAAUGCCUACAUGCAGGCAGGAGUCAACUGUUCAGACACCUCCAGUGGGGAAAAUACUGCUUCAUCAAGGUCAGGGGAUCGGGGAAGUUUAGGGAUAAGUGGUCAACCUUGGAUUGAAGAGGGUAAAAGGCUGGUUACAGUGGAGGAUGAAAGAAAAGCAACAUUUGAACUGCCAAAAACAACAGACAUUUCAAAAGACAUCUUUGAGAUUACCCACACAUAAAAGAGCUCAAUAGAACUUAUAUAACAUCAUUUCAAUUUCAUCAAAAGUUUCAAUAACUCAUUUACAGGAUCUCUUGAUGUAUUUAACAUCAUUUAUCCAUUUCAUAUUUACCGGUACUAUGAAAUUAUUAUUAUUGUUAUAUUGCUGGGACAUGACUUUUUUGCCAUGAUAAUGGUUCAACAUUAUGCCAUCUUUUACAUGCACCAUGUUUUAUGCUGUGUUUUAUUUUUGGAUUUUUUUUACCUCACCUGAGCACAAAGUACUCAGUAUGAGCUACUGUGAUAGGGUGAUUGUCCGUCUUCCAUCUGUUAUCAACAUUUUCCUGCAAACAACUUCUCCUCCUAAACCACUAGGACAAUAACUAAACUUUGCAGAAAUGUUCCUUGGGUGAUCCUCUUCAAGAUUUCUUUAAUAAAAGUUGUUCCAUGCAGAACUUUGGAAAAACCUCCUCAGAAACCGCAGACCUGAUUUCAACAUUAUUUCACAGAAAUGCACCUUAGGUAACCCUGUAUCAAAUUUCUUCGCCAUGUUGAUACGUAAAUAAAAGAUGGCUGCCAGUGGUCAGGGCUACUUUUUACUAUGUGUCUUUAUGGAAAAAUUUGAAAAUCUUCUCCUCAGAAUCUGCUGGCGUGAUUUUAAAAUAAUUACACAGAAACUUUCGUUAGGUGACCCUCUAGAAAAUUCCAUCACCCCAUGUUGAUUCGUAAAAAAGAAGGGCCACCAGGGGACAUGAAUAUUUAACCCUAUAUGUUGAUUCAUAAAAAACAUACUUGCCAGGGGUGGGGCUAAGUACCACUACAUGGCUAUAUGGAAGACUUUGAAAAACUCUUCAGAAACUUUUGCCUGAUUUAAAAAAAAAAUCACAGUAGUCCAAUCAGGUGAGCAAUAUAGGGCCAUGUUGGACCUUUUGUUUUGUUUCGUAUGUACCAUUCUUGUUGCCUUAUGUGAUGUUUACUGCAAUGUUAUAGGUCGCUUUAAUGAUUACCUGGUUUUAUACCUAGUUUUAUGUACGGUAACAAGACUGUUUUUAUACGUUUUGGAUUGUAAAUAAUUAAAUCUUGCCUCUCACGAAGGAGUAUGAAGUUGUCAAUGAUGUCUCCUAUCAUUUGUUUGAUAGUAAUUUUACUUGUACGUGCUGUUAGAUAUUGAUAAGUAAUCAAAGUUAGUUAGAUUUUUAUCAUUUACUUGUUGCAGGCAACAGUUUUGAAAGUUUCUGUUCUAUUUUGUAUUUGUUCAAGCAACAUAUAUUGAAUUUUACAUACCUGAUCAGUAAUAUUCUAUGGGAUCUGCCAUUAUGGGCGCCUGGGUUGGUGGUGUCCAAGUUAUUACAUAUAUUGGCAUUCUAACUUGGGCAUUUUUAAUCUAUUUUUUCAAAAUUGGACACUGGUAAUUGGUAUAUCUCAGACAAAUUAGAAAGUCUUCCAGAUUGCUAUUGUUCAUCCGGAGUUUUGGCCCAUUAUUUGCCACAGUUAGUUCCGCAGCCACAGAAAGUAAUGGCGGGGGGGAGGGAAGGGUGCGUGAUGUCUGUGGCACCCUUGUUGUACCUCACUAUAUCAUUAUGUUCACAUUUAUCAUGUAAGUGCUUUAAAGUAAAUAUCUAUUCAAAUUAAGAUUUCAUGAUCAUUGGAGAGUCAUUGUUAUUCCAAAUUUGUUUGAUUCUGGCUUAUAAAAUUGAUUGGUGAAUCAACCCAAUUGUCUACUGCAAGAGAGAAAUACAUGUAUGAAUGGUAAUCUACCUUAUUGUGUUGCUACCUUGAAAAACUGCGUAAAGUUGUUUCAACAAUCAUACUGGAAUAACAGCUGUAAAGUUUAAAACAUAAUUUCAGUGAUGCCAUGACUGUUUGCAAUAUUAGGUCUAGUAGUGUUCAAUCUUUCAAUAUUUAUGUAUUGUAUUAUUAUUCGAUUUCGCCAUUUUAGUGUAAUAACUUCUAACGUGAAGUCAUAGGUGGAUAAUGUUGAAAAUGUGUGCAUUAUUAAAUAGCAAUGUUUUAUAUUUUUUGUGCUCUAAUUUAUCAGAUUCGUGUUAAUUCAAUAUGAAACUUACUGAACUUGUUUAUAUAAACUUAAAAAACAAUUUGGAAAAUGAAUUUUAGAAAACCUGUUCAAUACAUUCCAUUUUAAAGAACAUUAUUUCAGUCAUCGAAAUUAGACUUUUGGAUGAACAAGCCCCAAUUCUUACACAGUUGCUUGUUAUGAAGGUUUUUAACAAGCCCUGCUACGGAAGACAUUUUACCGGUGCAGGGCUUGCGGGUUUGUGUUAAGUUCGACCACUGCCAUUUAUAUGUAUUCAUAUAAUCAUACAUUUGUAUAUACCACACUGUAACUCCAAACAAUCAGCUGCAAGUAUUUGUUUUACAAACCAUGCUACAUUGGUGCUAACCUGAAUGGUGUAUUAUACUAACUUCUAUGCAGAUAAAUGAUAACAUGUGUCAUUGUUUCAUCCCAUUACUAUUACAUUACUAGGUUUGUUAAGUUUAUUAUGUACAAUGUAGAAGCUAAGUUCUAUGUGACCAAAAAGUGCUAAACAUGUAAACAUGUUGAAUUUACUGUUAACAUUAAUAGGUUAUAAUAUUGAUUCUAAUACAUGUGUUCAUUUUUAUUUCUAUUUAUUUUCCAAUAUCAAUUAAAAUGUUGUAUUAUUUUUUUCACUAAUCCGUAUAAUUUUAAAACUGUGAAAAUUACAUUUUUUGUUGUAAUUUUGUAUUGAGGAAUCCUGGGACCUUCACUGUUAUCAAUGAGCAUUUGACAAUGAAUCCCGGGACCUGCAUUGUUAUCAAUGAGCAUUUGACAUUGAAUCCCGGGACCUGCAUUGUUAUCAAUGAGCAUUUGACAUUGAAUCCCGGGACCUUCACUGUUAUCAAUGAGCAUUUGACAUUGAAUCCCGGAACCUAUGCUGUUAUCAAUGAGCAUUUGACAUUGAAUCCCGGGACCUGCAUUGUUAUCAAUGAGCAUUUGACAUUGAAUCCCGGAACCUAUGCUGUUAUCAAUGAGCAUUUGACAUUGAAUCCCGGGACCUGCAUUGUUAUCAAUGAGCUUUUGACAUUGAAUCCCGGGACCUAUGCUGUUAUCAAUGAGCAUUUGACAUUAAAUCCCAGGACCUGCAUUGUUAUCAACCAGCAUUUGACAUUGAAUCCCGGGACCUGCAUUGUUAUCAAUGAGCAUUUGACAUUGAAUCCCAGGACCUGCAUUGUUAACAAUGAGCAAUUGACAUUGAAUCCCGGGACCUGCAUUGUUAUCAACCAGCAUUUGACAUUGAAUCCCGGGACCUGCAUUGUUAUCAAUGAGCAUUUGACAUUGAAUCCCGGGACCUAUGCUGUUAUUGACCAGCAUUUGACAUUGAGUCCUGAUACCUACGCUGUUAUCAACCAGCAUUUGACAUUGAGUCCUGAUACCUACACUGUUAUCAACCAGCAUUUGACAUUGAGUCCCGAUACCUACACUGUUAUCAACCAGCAUUUGACAUUGAGUCCUGGUACCUACGCUGUUAUCAACCAGCAUUUGACAUUGAGUCCUGGUACCUAUGCUGUUAUCAACCAGCAUUUGACAUUGAGUCCCGGUACCUACGCUGUUAUUGACCAGCAUUUGACAUUGAGUCCUGGAACCUACGCUGUUAUCAACCAGCAUUUGACAUUGAGUCCUGGUACCUAUGCUGUUAUCAACCAGCAUUUGACAUUGAGUCCCGGUACCUACGCUGUUAUCGACCAGCAUUUGACAUUGAGUCCCGGUACCUACGCUGUUAUCGACCAGCAUUUGACAUUGAGUCCUGGUACCUACGCUGUUAUCAACCAGCAUUUGACAUUGAGUCCUGGUACCUACGCUGUUAUCAACCAGCAUUUGACAAUAAAUGGUGUCUUAUAUCAGCAUAGGGUAAACUUAAUGCUUAAGUUGGUCAUUCAAAUAGAAUGUCAAAGUAAUUACAAACAUUUUUAUUUUAUUUCUUAUUUUCUCUAGGAAAAAUGUAUGACUGAUAAAAUGGAAAUAAGAGCUCAUUGAUAAUAUAAAUGGUACUAAUUCGUUCUUAAUUACAGUCAAAACUCACUAUGUUGAAAUUGUUGGGACCUCGGAUAAUAUUCGAGAUAACGAAUAUUCUACGGAAAUAAAAUACAUGUCUGAUUUAACAUAACACUUUGAAAAAAUUUGACAUAACCAGAACAUCGAAAUCACAAGAGUUCAACAUAACGAGUUUCGACUGUACUAGUAUAACAUCCAAAUCUUCUACUAUUCUCAACACGUAUUGUUAUGAUUUUAAUUCCUGCCUGUAGGAUUUACAUGGCAGUUUUGGUACAAUUGUUUAUGUGUGAUGAGAGCAUAAUUAUUAAAACUGAUGUAAUAAACUAAAAUAGUG